AUAAUAAUUUGCCUUUGAGCAUUUGACCUCUCCAGAGUACCGUCGCGCCAAAAUUGCAACACUCUCAGGACCCGCUCUAUGCUGAAGACGCCCAUUAAGCCGUGACGUAAAAAACGCACUCAUACAUAUGGCACAAUUCACCGCGCCACCCACUGCGAGUUCUGCUCUAGGCGCUGCCUCGGACUGAGGCGUUCACAGCCUGCCGCGCCUGUGGCAGGAGCCCGCCAGACAAUGGCCACAGAGCCUGCGGGCCCUGUGGGCCUGCACCACUACUACGCAGCCGUGGGCAACAGGGAGGCCAAAUUGGCCACCCUCCUGGAGCUGCUGCAGGCCCUGCAGGCGACCACCAACCCGCGGCACCUGGCCAUCUGCUGCAGCGCUCGUGACACAUUGGAUGCGGUCGUGCACGCGUUGUUGCAAACACGGGCCUUCGCGGUCACCGCCAUUCACAGCGACCUGACGGAAAAGGAGCGCGAGCUGGCGAUCACAAACUUCCGAAGAGGGGCCUUCGGGCCGGCUGCUGCUGCCACUUCGGGCUCGGCAGGGCCGCCAGCGGCCGGCGGCGGGGCGUCAGGUCCGUCAGUCGGGAGUGCGACAGGAAGCUUGCGGGAACGAGGCGGGCUGGAUGCCGGCGCGGCGCGGGAGGUGGAGCAGCUGCCGUGUGUCCUUGCCACCACAGACGUCUGCCUGAAGGCGUUGCCCAAGGACCUACUGCCAGUGGGCGUGUCGCUUGUCGUGGAGUAUGAACUACCGCCUUCAAAGGAGCUGUACAGUCGGCGAAUGCAAACGCUGUUCGGGGGCGGGAAAGACCGGAGAGCACAGCGCUGUGUGGUGGUGGACAUGGUGGAGGCUGGGGCUGUGGGUGCCUUCCGUGCGCUGGAGGGCUUCGCGGCCAGCCCCGUGCUGGAGAUGCCGGUGCGGGUGGAGGACAUGUUCACUGCGCGCUCCUGACGAGGAGGAGGAGGAGGAGGAGGAGGAGGAGGAGGAGGAGGGGGAGGAGGAGGAGGAGGAGGAGGAGGGGGGGGGAGGAGGGGGGUCUGCUGCUUGGUGUCGAUAGGAUGGCGGUGGGCAGGGCGGUGGGAUGUUGCAUGGCAGGAUGGGGUGGUGACGGGCGUUAAUUUGCGCCCUCCUGAUGCUAGAAGCUGAAGGUGCGGAUGAUGCAAUCAGGCCUAGGCUGGAGUCCUGGGGUGGAGCUGGGUUAAGGCCGAAUUCCGUGCCAGGCACACAUCCGUGAGAGGGGUACGAAGGCAAUGUGGGGCUGCAGAUGGCCCGGCACCAGCCGCUGCCCAACGAACCCCUGGGUCUUCGGCUCACAUUUAGUACUUAGUGGCUCGGUUAACAUUACGAUAUGUCCAUUACUGUUGGGCUACGAGCUCACUUCGCGUUGACCAUGUGUAGCUACCUGCGCUGUAGCCCUCGUCAUUAAACUCUCCAA